CUCGGAGCAGUGAGAGCUCGUGGAAAAUACAGGAAGUGCAACUGGAAAGGCUGCUGCUGCAGACGCUCUAGGAGAUGCCAGAGACCAGUCUGCAUAAAGAAGCAUCUUAAAUUUGCAUCAGUUUUGAACUGAUCUCCUCUUUUCAACAUCAGAUGAUUGGCAGUUGAUCUGACAUGUAUAACCACAGCCAGGCGGGGGCUUGUUCUGUGUGUCCAACAGUGCAUUCACCCUUGUUACAAAGUCCUGUCCGAAGAUCAAUAAACAUUGCCUGUCCAUCUCCUAGCCUACUGACGAGAUCCCCACAUGAACAUGGAUAUCGCCACAGUAAAUGUUCUUCCUUACGAGGAUUUUGUGAAUAUUUUUGGCAAUGUGGUGGAGAAAUGUCCCAUUAUAACAGCUGCUGUGUGGUCGGGGCGUCCCUUUCUGAACUUGACUGCUUUGGAGACUGCAAUCAGCGAAUUCAUCGAUGCUCUCCCAGAAUCAGGUAAAGAGGGGAUUCUCAGGUGUCACCCGGAUCUUGCGGGCAGGGACCUCCAGAGCGGCACCCUGACCCGGGAGUCGCGCGAGGAGCAGGCAGGAUCCGGGAUGGAUGUGCUGAACUCAGCGGAAGUCUCGCGCAUGGCCCGGCUCAACGAGGAGUACAAGGAGCGCUUCGGUUUCCCGUUUGUCAUCUGCGCCCGGAUGAACGACAAGGCGAACAUAUUACGGCAGCUGUCCGAGCGCUGUCCGAACGAGCGCGCAGUGGAGAGGGCGCGCGGCAUCGAAGAAGUGAAGAAGAUAUGUCGCUUGCGUCUUCAAGAUCUCGUGCUCACUGACUCUCCCAACAAGUUAUGAAUCUUAACUAGUUUAUACUCAAUUUUGACUGUGCCUGUUCAACAACCCGGAUGUCCUGAGGACUGUAGGCCUAUAGGCAGUGUGAUAUUUGCUUUAUUCCAAAUGUAAUGUGCGGGUAUUCAUGCAUCAUACUGUAGGCUACAAUUAAUUAUUUAAACAAUAUAAUAUGUGUACCUUUGAUUCUAAUUUAACAAUGUACAUGAUAAUAGCUUAGGCUUAUAUACAAGUGGCAACUAUAUUGUAUUAUGCAUAGGCCUAUAUACAUUCAGAAACUUGAUUAUACUCACAUGUCUGAGAUGAAAAACAGUUCACUGUAAAACUUUAUUAGACCAUGCAACAGUUUGUGCUGAACCCAUGUUGCUGGGGGGCAAGGGGGGAGGGGUUACGAAAUGUCCCUUCAGUCCAGUAAAUGACAGUGGCAGUGGUAGGAUAUCCAAUAAGGAAGAGGUCCCUUCAACUGGAUUCCUGGAUAAGGAGCACUUUAUUUAUUAACUCUAAGAGAGACUCAUAGGUUUCACUCUCCAAUAUCGCCCUAAUUAUGAAUGUAAGGAUU